AUGUCCAAUAGUAAUAAUGAAGAACCCAUUGAGCUCUAUGGUCAAAUUAACAAUGAUUUUUCUGAUUACAUUGGAAAGACACAGAUACACAAAAUGAAAGGAACUUUUGUUCAAAUUAUAAAAAUUUCACCACAACAAGAUUCCUAUCAAGUCAUUGAUUUGUCUCUUGCAUCCUCACAAGAAGGUACUAGUCAGAGUGGUAGUAAUAGUGGUGGUGGCAGUGGUGGUGCUGAUGUGACAUUAGUACCAUUUGACAUUCCUUCUUCGGAAGUGAAACGAUUGGAAAGUUUUAAUGAUUUACCCUCUCAUAUUCAAACAUUUAUUCAAGAAAAGAAGACAUUGGGAGGAUCCAAUAAGAAAUCAUCCAAGAGAUUGGAGAGACUCUUUUCAAAAUUCACAAGAUCAAGCAAAUCAUCAUCAUCUCCGUCAAACCACUCUACGAAAUCUCUUACAAGUGCUCCUCAAUUGAAUGCACUGAUAUCCAAUUCAUCAUCAUCAUCUGCAACAACAACAAGUACUAGUAAUAAUGGAAUGGGUUCAAGUCAGAAUAAUACUCAUUCCAAUUCAUCCUCUUCUUUGGGAAGUUGUGCGAGUAGUGCGAGUCAGCUCUCUCAAGAACUUUUGAAAAAUGUAUCGUCAAGCUUGACAACAGCCACUUCGCACAUCUCGACACCUCCGACCACCACCGCCGCAAGCACCUCGACCACUCUCUUGUUGGCUCCAUCGAUCGAUGCUGCAGCAGAUCUAAAUACGUUCAGUAAUAAUAACAGUGAAGGAGAUGAAUUUGAAGAGGAAGGCUCGGAUGAUGACGGGGAUGAAAUGAUGAUGAUGAUGGAUUCAUCGUACCAUCAUCAUCCGACCUCUUCCAGUACCACCACCAUGGAGAUCACCGUGGAGAUCACUCCUCCUACCACCAUUCAAACUUCUGUUUUGAACAACAACAACAACCAGAACAACCCCACUAGUCCCAUUGAGGAGGACAUUGAUGAUCGUGAAGAUGAUGUCCUUGUAGAAUUUCAUUCCUCCAAAAUUGAACCCUCUCCACAUCUUCUUCAGUCCAUGAAAGCCUUCCUCAUGCGCCGUAAAUUUCAGGACUACAUUUCAAAAUCAAAUGAUGUCCGAAACGCGCGACUACGACGUGCAGCGCUCCUGGAAAUUCUCUCCACCGAAGAAUCGUAUUAUUCUGCUCUGAAUACCUGUAAAACACUCUUUAUGGAUCCACUCCUCAAUGAUGCUCAAACGAAAAAGAAACCCAUUCUCAACAUGAAUGAUAUUAAUGAAAUAUUUGGAGAAUUACCUUCCAUCAUGCAAGCAAGUGAAAUGCUUAUGAGUGAUUUGAGAAAGGAAAUUGCAAAAUGGCCAUCAAGUCCAAUCUUGAUUGGUCAUAUAUUCAAAUCCUUUGCACCCUUCUUUCGAAUGUAUUCAAAAUAUAUCAAUAAUUUUGAUAGUGUUUCAGAGAAGGUUGAAAAGUUAGAAAAAUCAUCAAAAAAUUUUGCACAAUUUUUAGCCAAAGUUCAUGAAACACCUGAAUGUGGUGGUUUAACCUUUACUUCUUAUCUGGUCGUACCCGUUCAGAGAGUUCCACGUAUUCGUUUACUCCUACAAGAGGUAUUAAAGAGAACAGAUGAAACACAUGUCGAUUAUGCACCCACUGAACAAGCAUUGAGUAUUGUCAAUCAAGUGGCAGAGAAUUUAAAUGAAUCUAAGAGAAGCUCUGAAAAUGAUAAAGUCAUGUUUGAAUUACAAGAGAAAUUGAGAGGAAGAUUUGGAGGUAUUCUUCAAGCACAUCGAAGAUAUAUUCGAACGUUUAAUUCCAUUCAUGUUGAAUCUACUAGGGAAUUAGAUAAGAAAAAAUUGAAUGGUUUCUAUAAUGCAUAUUUAUUUAAUGACAUGUUACUAUUGGUACCACAAUAUUUGGAUAGAUCUCUGAAUGAUUUACAAGAUAAAAAGAGAAAAGGCAAUUCGAUUGGAAAUAGUGGUGCUAACAGUGGUAAUGGUAAUAGUGGUGGUGGUGCUAGCGAUCAUUUGAAUCAUGGUAAUAGUGGUCCAAUCAAUUCUGAACCCAUGGAUGAAGAAGAACGUUUUCAGAGACUCGCUAAAGAAUCUUUUGUGAUUUAUUUAGCCUUCUCUAAAGUAUUGGAUCGAGAAGAGAAGGAACUCGAUCGAAUCAAUACCAUGAUGUUACUCACCAAAGUCGCAUCCAACACACCAUCCACACAUCGAUUCAAUUUCAUACUCAAAUCCUUCAUACGAACUCAAUCAUUGAACUUUAUUUUUAGUUUUGAUAAUCUUUUGAUGAGAGAUGAAAUGGAGGCAGAUGUCACAAUUAAUAUUGAAAAAAUUGAUAAAAGUAUGGAAAAGAAAGUUGGACAAGAGAGAAUUGAUAUUGAAAAGAAAAGAAUAGAAAUGUGUAAAUCUAUUAAGGUAGCAGACAUGAUACUUUCGAAAUAUUUACUUCAAAAACAAACUGGAAAUGAAAAGUAUCAACAACUUGUAGAAAAAUUAUCCACUUGUGAAAAUGAAUUAGAAGCUAAAUUAAUGGAAUAUCGAUCCUUGAAAGAUGAAUUUAAAAAACAAUCUGAAUUGUUAAGAGAUAUUGAAGCUAAAGAAUCUGAAUCUCUCAUUGACUAUGAAGAACAAAAUCAAAAGAUUUAUGCCAUCGACACAAUACUGUGGAAAAUGUUAAAUCCAGAUCGAUCAGCAUUUAAGGAAGUAUUUGGUGAAGAUCCUCGAAUUGAUCCCAGUGAUUUUGGAACUCAGACAUACUCUGUGGCCACUUCUGGAAAUAGCAACCAUACCUUUACUGCAAGUGGUAGUAUUGAUGAAUAUGUGGAUUCAUCAUCUCCAACCAUCUCCAACAACACUUCUCAUCGAAAGACUGUGACUUUCAAAAGAAGUACCACUCUAUUCAACUCGACUGCUAAUUUAAAUUUCCUUCAUGGUGGUGAGGGUUCAUCUUCAUUCUCUGCACUUCCAUUGAAACAACUCAAAGAAAAUUGUAAUCCCUAUAUUCAAUUAGCUUAUCGAGAGACUCGUAAAAACAAGGAUCACAACCAUUUGAUGACUCUUCAUUCUACUACUACUACUACUAGUACUACCACCUCUACGUUUGAUCAUUCCUCAUCAGAAGAAAUUGAAACAUUGAAUGCACUCUAUCGAAUUCGACCCUUGAAAAAGUCCUUCAUGAUUGAACCAUUUAAGAAAUUACCAUACAAGUAUCGAAUUGAUCGAAUUCUCUAUGGUGAAAAUACUCCACAAGAGAUUAUGCCUAAAAUCAUACCCUAUCCUGAAGAAUACAAUGAUGUCGACAUGUAUUAUAAUAAUAUUUCAGAUCGAGAUGGAUUUGAUAGUUAUUAUGGCAGUGAUCAAUACAAUGAUGACAAGAACUCUAACCAUGAUCAAUACAACGAUGACAAUGAUGAUAACAACAAUACCUUUGUUAAAACGUAUGACAAUAUUUAUGACUUGCCCAAUAAUGUCAAUGAUUUGAAAUCUAUGAUUAUCAAAUUACAAAUGGAAAAGGAAGAUAUGAGAAAUGAAUUGAAUCGAUUGAAACAACAACAAACUGCAAGCUCCUCCUCCUCUUCUUUGAUGAUGGGUAUGGCACCACUGACCUCUAGCACAACAACCAACUCUUCAUUUAAUGAGAAUGGCAGCAUUUCACGACAACAUCGUUCGACAAUUGCCUCCUCAGUAGACACACCAACAGGACAAUUCAGCAACAGCAGUGAAUUGUAUGCCUCCCAAGAAAUUGAACCCUUUGUAGAGUAA